AUGACUCAACCUACCCAAUCCCUUCAUACCCCAAUACCUAUAUCCUUUACCUCUGAUGUGCAAUACAAUAUGGGUUGCAGCAUCUUAUCUGGAAUGAGUGCCAUGAACAUAGAAAAGGCCAUGGGAGAAGGGGAUUGGCUAGAGGUGAUCUCUGUGAUCAGGAAAACCAUGAAGACAGUGUCCAGUGCCCCAGUGAACAUUGCUGUGACUGGGGAUUCUGGCAACGGAAUGUCCACCUUCAUCAAUGCAUUGCAGGGAAUUGGGCAUGAGGAGGAGGACUCAGCUCCCACUGGGGUGGUGUGGACCACCCAGACUCCCACUUGCUACACUUCCUCUCUCUUUCCCAACGUGGCACUGUGGGACCUGCCUGGCACAGGGGCUGCCAAUCAAAGCCUGGAAAGCUAUAUGGAGGAGAUGCAAUUUCACCUGUAUGACUUUUUCAUCAUUAUUGCAUCUGAGCAGUUCAGCACAAAUCUUGUGAAACUUGCCAAGACCAUCCAGGGCUUGGGAAAGAGGUUCUAUAUAGUUUGAACCAAGCUGGACAGGGACUUCAGCACACGUAUUGUCCCAGUGGAACAACUCCUACAGAAUAUUCGGGACAAUAUCUGGGAAACUCUCCAGGAAGAGGGGGCAUGUGAACCCAUCAUAUUCCUGGUCUCAAGUUUCUACCCAUCAUUGCAUGACUUCCCAGAGCUUAGAGACACCUUGCACAAGGACAUCUCUUACAUCAGGUACUGUGGUCCCCUAGAGAACAUAUCCCACAUCUGUGAGAAGGUCAUUAAUAACAAAGUGACCACUUGGCAGAGACAAAUAGGCUCAAAGUCUCCCAAGGACAUCCUUGGCAUCCAGAAUGCAGAUGAUCCUCAGAAGUAUUUACAUGCCUACCACUUGCUUUUUGGUGUGGAUGAUAAAUCUCUCCAGCAAGUGGCCCAGAGGAUGGGAAAACCCAUGGAGGAGUACAAGGCCACUAUGAAGUCUCAGGAUAUGCACACUGUCCUCACAGAGAACUGGACAUUAUCUUGGAUGAACUGCAAUACAGCAUCUUACUUACAUUCAAUUCUGAGCUACAUCCCAAUCGUAGGUCAUACUAGUGUCUACUACCUGAAAUGGUGGAGUCAGAGCCGCUUCCUUGAAAUAGUUGCUGAGGACACAAAGACCAUUUUGAAGAAAAUCCUGAAAGACUCCAUUAUCUGA